UGGGGAUACUUAACCCGGUGAGUAGGUUACGUUUACCACUCCGCAUUUAGCUUCAUCAUUUAACUUCGGCUGUUAAACGGAUUUUCAACCUCAUUUGUGAACAAACAGAUAAAAUAUGAGCUCAAUCGGAACAGGCUACGAUUUAUCAGCCUCUCAAUUUUCUCCUGAUGGAAGAGUCUUUCAAGUUGAAUAUGCCCAAAAGGCUAUUGAAAACAGUGGGACUGUUAUCGGUCUCAGGGGGAAAGACGGUAUCGUACUGGCAGUUGAGAAGUUAGUGACAUCAAAACUGUAUGAGCCAGGGGCAAAUAAGCGACUAUUUACGAUUGACAAGCAUAUCGGAAUGGCUGUUGCUGGAUUGAUAUCUGACGCGAGACAGCUAGCAGAGGUAGCGAGGACGGAGGCCUCGAAUUACCGCUCACAGUUUAAAAGCAGUAUCCCUCUUAAAUACCUAAAUGAAAGGGUCGCUGGUUACAUGCAUGCGUACACGCUGUACAGUGCCGUCAGGCCUUUCGGAUGCAGUGUGAUACUCAGCACUUACAGCCAACUCGACGGCCCUGAAAUGUAUAUGAUUGACCCUUCAGGUGUUUCAUAUGGAUAUUUCGGAUGUGCUGUCGGAAAGGCUAAACAAGCUGCUAAAACCGAAAUUGAAAAGUUGAAAUUGAAAGACAUGUCUUGCAAAGAGCUUGUCAAAGAAGCCGCAAGAAUCAUAUAUUUAGUACACGACGAACUCAAAGAUAAACAGUUCGAACUAGAAAUGAGUUGGAUUGGUGCACACACGCAAGGUUUGAAUGAAGUGGUUCCACCUUCGGUACACGCUGAAGCUGAAAAAGAUGCCAAGGCAGCGAUGGAAGAAGAUUCAGAUUCAGAAACAGAGGAUCUCUAAAAUUCUCACUAUUUAAAAAAUAUAUAUUUCUUUAAUAAA